AUUAGAACACAAAAUUAUGAAUUAAUUAUGUUUCUUUAACUGGUUUUAAGAUGUCGGAGUCAAAUAGUCAGAAGCGGUGGGUUCCUAAGGAUGGGCCGGGACCAAGAGGGGGCGCAGAUUGUUACUAUGAGCACGGCAUGUGCGUGGUGGAGUGCGAGGCGGGCGUGGGCGUGUCAUGGUCGCUGGCGGCGAUGUGGCGUGCGUGCGCGUGCGUGCUGCGCCGCGCCACAGCGCUGUACGUGCUGCGCGCGCGCUACUCCGACCCGGACCGCCUGAGCGCGCAGCUCGCGGUAUACUGGUUCGAGGAUAUAGCCGCGGUGCGUGCGUCGCGUAGGCCGGUGGUCAGGCGAAGUGAAAGGGAACUCGCGGCCGCGACGCGCUCCUCGCUGGCCGCGGGUGUCGCAGGGAGAUUAAAGGAACUGUACGCUUGCGAAGAGCAGGAGAACAUUAAGAAGUUUGUAGAGCAAGCCCAAGCGGGCGCCGCAGCCGCUUGGCAAGAGAAGAUGGACAGACUCAAGUAUCUUCAGGAAAAAAGAAGACAGGAGCACGAAGCUAAAUAUAAGAAACUACCUCUUUCCAACAGCGUCCAACUCCUGGCAACUAUCAACAAGCUGCGCGCUAAGGAGACUCAGGAGGUCCAGCUGUACCAGAUCAGAGAGAAGCGGGCGAGAGAGAUGGCGGAGAGUGAGUUUGACAACAUGUGGCAUGAGGUCGCCAUGAAGGAGGCAGAAGCCUUGGGAGCGCGUAUGGAGUACGACGCUAUAGUCAAAGCCCAAAAAGAUCUGGAAUGCAAGAACUACACCCUUCAACAGAUAGAGAUGAAAAGGCUGCAGCGAGAAAGAGACAAAGAGCUAUUGAUAGAAGAGGCCAAACGAUUCAAGUCGAUAUGGGAGUCUGACCUUAGAAAAGAAGAUGAAGAGCAACAAAGGCAAAUUGAAAAGAGGCAUGUCGCAGCAGCAGAGAACAAUAAAGUUCUAGAACAAGCUAUGGCGAGGAAGGCAGAAGAGGCUGAGAGGAAAAAGCUCAUAGACCAGACCUGGGACUCGCUGACUCAGCAGCAGCUAGUUGAUGAUAGAGGGAGGAUGGAGUUUAGGAGACGUAGAGAGCGCGACCUAGUCCAUUGCAACAAGGAGCUGGUACACCUGCGACGACAGUACGACGACAUCGAGCGGCGUGUGGACGACUGUAUAGAGGAGGAGGCGAGACGACUGCAGGAGAAAGUGGACAGACAGCGCUGCCAGUUCCGAGAUAGGUUUAUAAGGAAUAAGGAGGAGACACGUCAAGGUCUUCUAGAACAAAUAAGAAGUAGAGAAGAAGCGAGAGUGAGACUGAAACAGAAGAUAGCAGAGGACAACGAGCGCAUACAGCGGGAGAACUUAUCUGGCCAGUUACAGAAGUUAAUACAACUACAGCUGAUCACGAAGACUCAGGCUAAGAAGUUAUAUGGGCAGGAGUUGGUAAGACAGGCGGAGGAGGUCAAGUUGAUGAAGGAACAAGAGAAGAAAGAUAAAUCCGAAUUUCUGCUGCCGGAAUAUACAAACGAUGGCCCAGAUGCUAUGAAGAGAAUGUCUAAGCCGUUCGUGAGCGAAGUCCAUCCAUUUAAGAAGAUCUUGAACGCUGGUGUUCCCAAGACCGAGAGAUGUCCAUGCUCGCCGGCUGACUAUUGUUAAUAAAAUUUUGUAUUAAAAUAAACAUUUUAUCUUUUAUUGA